AUGCAAUUACAAAUGAUCUGAUAGAUUGAUGUGCUUGAGCGAAAUGAUUAUUUCGGAUUAAAUUGGCAUUGGUAAGAUUAAAGAAGGUAGAGAAGCUUUUCAUUCGCAAUCUUCUAACUCAUUGAGAUGAAGUAGGGAGUGGGGGAGAAACCACUCGAACCCUCGGUUACUUUUUGAAAGUUCAUACGGCUCUAAAACGCUACUGGCGAUCAGAGGAAGAGGAGAAAAUUUGAGUUCGUAAAGGUCAGCUGCAUUAACCUCGACAGGAUUCGCUUGUGUCGUUUAUUCAAGGCUAUGCCGUAACACCUCAACUUCGCGAAUUGUUGGAUCCUAUUACCUAUUUGUCUAGAGAAGAAACUACUUUCUUUGGUGAUGGCUCUAGGGCUCUUAUUACUACUCCGCGUCGCUGAACUUCGGAGCUAUAGUUCGGCGUCCACUGCCUCAGUUGUUUUUGGAGGUGUGCCAGGUGUGCGUAGGUAUUGGUGGUCCCGGAUCCAACUGAGCUCAAAACAGGUUAUCGCGGUGACCGGUUGCGACUCGGGCCUUGGUUAUAGCUUGGCAGUAUAUUGCCAGAAUAAUGGUGCUACAGUGAUGGCCGGGGUUCUCCAUGAAGAUGGACCGGCCGCCCUUGAUCUUGCACGCAGAGGAAUCACAGUAUUACCCCUUGACCUAACCGAUGGCCAUAGCAUCCAGAAAUUUGGCAAGUCACUAGUUAAAUUCAUCGACAAUAGACAUCUAGAGUUUCGAGCCCUGGUAAAUAAUGCCGGAGUGAUGAUAUUUGGUGAGUUCGAGUGGCAACUGGCUAGCCAAGUUCAGUCUCAGUUAGAGGUUAACGUACUGGGCACGAUGUCUGUGACAAGGCAACUGAUACCGAUGAUACGUCACCAUAGGAGCAGAAUCAUCAAUGUUACAAGUCAUUGUGCUUUCGCACCGCUGCCAGGGCUUGCUGUCUAUGGAGCGACUAAAGCUGCCCUCGAAGCCUGGUCGACUUCGCUGCGGCUCGAAGUCAACAAGUACGGCGUCAGCGUAGUCUCCUUUAUACCCGGUUCAUUUAUUAAAGAGAGCAACAUUUUGGUUCGGCAGAAGAAAAGCUUUGAUGAUAUGCGUGCUGGAAUGAACGACAAUACGAAAUGCUUUUAUGGCAAUUACUUCGAGAAGUAUGUUGAAUAUUUGACAACUCUAUCCACAGUAACCAGACUUGGGUGUAUCGAUAAUCCGAAGUUAUAUGAGGCUUUUGAUGGUGCAUUGCUCGACAAGAAUCCGUCGGCUUUUUACAAGUGUGAACCGUGGCGCUACACAUUUUAUCACACGCUCUUUCGUAUAAUGCCAACACGUGCUAGAGAUUGGCUCGUUGAAAGAUUCAUGCAGAUGCCGAAAUGGAGUGUUUGCAAUCAAUUCCCGUUAGCUCAUCACAACGAUAAUGAAAAAGAGAAUCACAAGCACAAAUGAAUAUAUUAAUAAGAACGCUCGUUUAUGUGCAGUACAUAAAAUGUGAGUUAUAUAUAAGACCUAAUUUCUACUAAGUCCAGUCAUUCUUUACAAUACUUUACAAGGAUGACAAAUUAUUAUUGAUAUAAACACGUAACGUGUAUCAUAAAUUUAGGGGUUUGAUCUAUUUAACGAAAAUUUUAACAUUAUCAUGUAUACUAGCGUAACCUACUUUUUUGUUACGGCUCUGUGCAAUUACUUAUUUGUAUCAUAAUAUACGAAAUGAUAUACACUUAUCAUUUGUGAAGAAGAAAUCAAUGUAUUAUGGGUUUAGAUAUUGUAGGUAUGCGAAUAAACUUAUAUAAAAUUGUCUUAAAAUUUUAAAUAUUUGAGAGUGGCAAAACUCGCUCUUUGUUUAUAACCUUUAUUGUUAAAGUGAAGAAAUUCCAAAAACUUAUAGCGGCAUUAAAGAAUCAAAAGUCGUAGAUCACGGUAGCGACCAUGUAAAUUCAAUUCCUUAAAUUAAUAUUAUAUUUAUCACGUCCGCAAUUAUACGAUAAAAACGAAUGAUAAUAUCUGUAUUCUUC